UGUUGUAAACUGUUGCUCUAUGGAGCAGGAGCAGGAGCAGGAGCAGGAGCAGGAAAAAGGGUCCAAGGUUGAUGAACCACUUGAUCGUGUUCAAACAAGCUCCACAGUGCUCGAUUACAUGGGAGUGGCCAAUACAAAUGCAAUGACGGAGAACGAACAAAAGAUCCGGGAUGAGUUGGAGUCCGAAAUUGAGAGGGGUUUGGAAGAAGAGAUUAAAGAUGGCAUAUAUGGCCUCGCACUCCGCCUCCAAAGAUUGUAUCUGCACAAGCAGCAUAGGAAGAUGUCGGCAUCGUCAACUAGUUCUAAUAGGGAACCAUCGCACGGACCAAAAAGUGAACGUCUCUCCGAGCUGAAUAUCAUUAUUAGAUCAGAUGGCAAGAGCAAGAUUGAGACAUAUGAAGUCAAGCCCAGUUUUCACAACCUAGUUAGACCAUACAGUUCUCGAUCUAAAGCUAAGCAAGUAAAGUUGCGCAAUUGCAUCAGUCAAUUGGAUCAGUCGAAGUUACUUCGACCGCAAAAAGGAUUCAUAGGUGGCAGUAAAAUGAAUAGCUCUUUGGGGUUCGAACCUCAAGAGGAAUGGUUGGAUGCCUCUUGUCAAAAUGACAAACAGUUCGAGAGGAAAAAUAAGAAAAAGAUUGGCUCGGAAUGGAAAUAUUAG